UUCUGAUUUUCUUCCUUCAGCAAAAUGGAGUCAGACCUCUCACAAGCCUUCGCUGAAGAACUCACCUGCCUCAUCUGCAUGAGCUACCUUACAGACCCAGUCACCAUAAGCUGUGGUCACAGCUUCUGUCGAGCCUGCCUCCACCUUUCCUGGGAAGACAGCCAGGUUCCUGUCCAUUGUCCUACGUGCAGGGAACCAUCCCAGCAGAAGGACUUCAGAACCAACAUUGUUCUGAAGAAGCUGGUGUCCAUUGCCAGACAAGCCAGCCUCAUGAAGUACCUGAGUUCUGAGGAGCAUCAGUGUGUGACCCACAAGGAGACCAAGGGGAUCUUCUGUAUGGAGAACAGGAUCUACCUCUGUCGACUCUGCUCUGACUCCCAUGAGCACGGAGGUCACAAACACUGUCCCAUAGAAGCAGCUGCUGAGAGUCAAAUGGAGAGACUUCUAAAGCAAAUGACAGCUUUAUGGGAAAAGAUCCAAGAAAUUCAAGAGAAUCUAGAGGCAGAGAGCAGAAUGAAACUUUUGUUUAGAAACUUCCUGAUUAUGAGGGAAGACAUAAUCAGGAUAGAGUAUAGGAUAUGGCAUGCAGUCCCACAUGAACAGGAAGAGGAACACAUUGAACACAUGAAAAAUGAAGGCAAUUGUGUUUUGGAGAAACUCAGAGAAAGUAAAGCUGUGAUGAUUCAAAAGAGCAAACAACUAAGAGAAAUGCACCAGGAACUGAUGGCGAUGUCCCAGGAGCCAUAUUUGGUGCUGCUGCAGGGUUUGGAUGAUAUAUUCAGAAGGAGUGAGUCAGUGGAGCUGAGUAUACCCCAGGCUAUGAAACCAGAACUCUCUGCCCUCCCCAUCACUGGACUAACUGAAAGUUUCAACCACUUCAAAGUGCCCAUUUUCUUUCAAAAUCUAUUUGGAUUGCACUUUAAGAAGAACCUAUUUAAUGUCAUGAGAAGAGCCGCCUUCAGACCUCACCAUCAGGGUACAUCUGUGGUUCCUGUUGGAUACUAUUUGGCCUUCUGGGGAUCACAGAGCUUCAUCUCAGGGAAAUAUUACUGGGAACUGGAUUUGAAGGACUCUAGUGACUGGGCUGUAGGAGUCUGUACCAGUUCCUGGUUAAAUAAGAGAAACAAAGUAGUUGAAAUUAAGGGUGCAUUUCUUCUUUUCUGUAUUAAGGAGGGUAGUCAUUACAGUCUCCUCACCACAAACCCAAUAAUCCAUCACUAUAUAGAAAAGCCACGGGGCAGGGUUGGUGUGUUCCUUGAUUGUGAGGCUGGAUAUUUAAGUUUCCUGAAUAUUGCCAAGAGUUCCCUCAUAUACAAAUAUCCUAGUAAGACUUUUACGUACCGUGUCUGGCCUUUCUUCUCCUAUGGUCAAACAAUACCAUAA